AUGUCCUUCAGCACUACCGCAGAAUCCCUAGUUCAGUACGGUCAAAACGUCGAGGACAGUGAGAUCCGGCUCAUAACCACCAGCAUCACUCUAGACACCCUUUUAAACUGCUUUGAGGCACUAAGGGCUUCCGAGCACAUCACCAACGCUGUUACGGAGGCGGCCCUCUCAGCUCGUCAAAGCAUUUGGUACAACUGUUAUGACUUGAAACCAUGCCGCCUUGAAUGUUGUGGUGACUGCACAUCCAUACACUAUCAUACUCCCCCUUACUUCCAGCAAGAACCCGGCACAUUUUACACACCACCUCACAUCUCUAUGGAUACCAACACAUUGAUCUCGUGGGUUCAGGAGACCAAAGACAAGGUACAUGCUUGGGAGGAGUCGCAUACCAACGAAGAAUUGUUCAAUGUCUUACCCAAUCGGAUGCUCUGUGAUGAUUCCCUUGCAACAGCAACGCAAUGUGCGGACAUGCUGGCAAAAAUUUGGACGGAAGAUGACGCUAAAAGGUCCCAACUGCAUGCCCAGAGCCUACACCAGGCUCAGCGUCACAGACUUGCCAAUGAUAAGCUCCAGGACGAGGUGGAAACACUCACGCAGAGUCUAGCUACCCUUCAAAGGGAAAACCGGGAGCUUAAGGAUCAAUUGCAUACUUCAUGCGUUGACUAG